GACCGACACGCUAAAAUAAGGCCCGCCUGCUUUGAGGUGGAAUAGCUUUGCAACCUGCGAUUCAAGAGCUACCAAACAGUCAUGGCAUCACUCUCAUUCAAGGGUCAUACGGUCGUCGUCACCGGUGCAGGUGGUGGACUGGGCAGAACUUAUUCGCUCUUGUUUGCUUCUCGUGGUGCCAAUGUUGUCGUUAACGACUUCAAUGCUGCUGCUGCGCAGAAAGUAGUCGACGAGAUCAAACAAGCCGGAGGCACCGCGGUCGUGAACGCAUCCUCGGCAACGGACGGUGCUGCUGUCAUCCAGACCGCAAUCAACUCAUUCGGGCGAGUUACUAUCCUCAUCAACAAUGCAGGUAUUCUGCGGGACAAAGGGUCAGUGUUUUGUAGCACUACGAGUGUGAUCAUAUUUGGGGGAACUUUAUUAUUAUUAUCAUUUAGGUUCAAGAAUAUGUCUGAUGCGGAAUGGGACCAAGUCAUCGCUGUCCAUUUGAAGGGAGCAUUUGCGUGCACGAAAGCUGCAUGGCCUCAUUUCCGGAACCAGAAGUUCGGUCGGAUCGUGAACAUCACCAGUGCUGCUGGCAUCUAUGGUAACUUUGGUCAGGCUAACUAUAGUGCUGCGAAGAUGGGGUUGAUCUCGUUCACGAAAUCUCUUGCAAGAGAAGGCGUGAAGUAUGGUAUUGGUGCUAUCGCUGUCGCUCCGGUUGCUGCGUCGCAAAUGACGGAGACGAUCAUGCCUCCGGAUAUGCUCGCGAAUUUGAAGCCUGAAUUCGUAGCACCGUUUGUAGCUGCUGUUUGCCAUCCCGACGGUCCGAACGCCUCUGGACGCGUGUUUGAGGUUGGAGCAGGCUUCGUCGCCGAGAUCCGAUGGGGGCGAAGCAAGGGAGCGAUCUGGAAGACAGAUGAAACGUUCACUCCGUCCGCUGUUAAACUCAAGUGGUCAGAGGUCGCUGACUUCUCAGAUCCUAGGCAUCCACAGUCAAUGGCUGAUAGUGAGAAGCAGCUCGAGGUUGCAGCCAAGCUACCACCCAAUGCUCAAGCAACACCUCCGGUCCGUUUUGAUGGAAAGACUGUCAUCAUCACGGGUGCAGGUGCCGGUCUCGGACGUGCGUAUGCACUUAUGUAUGGGCGUCUCGGAGCGAAUGUCGUCGUGAACGACGUUAACGAGCAGGGAGCAACUGGAGUCUGCAAGGAAGUUGAAGCUGCUGGCGGAAAGGCAGUGCCUGUCGUUUGUUCGGCAGAAGAGGGGGAGAAGAUUGUCAAGGCGGCACUGGACGCGUUCGGUGGCGUGCAUGUCCUGAUUGCCAAUGCUGGCGUACUCCGAGAUCGAUCGUUUGCAGCUAUGACAGAGCAAGAGUGGGACACGGUGAUCGCCGUCCAUCUUCGUGGUACAUACAAGGUCUGCUUCCAGCUAUACAGGAUGUUACACGUGGCUGAUUACACAGUUGUGCAGUGCGCAAAGGCCGUGUGGCCGGUAUUCCAGAAGCAGAAAUACGGUCGCAUAGUUACGACGGCCUCGCAGGUUGGUAUAUAUGGUAACUUUGGGCAGACCAAUUAUUCGUCUGCAAAAGCCGCCGUUAUCGGCCUUACCAAGACUCUUGGUUUCGAGGGUCGAAAAUACAACAUUCUUUGUAAUGUCAUCGCUCCUUCCGCCGGUACCGCGAUGACCAUGACAAUCUGGCCGAAAGAGAUGGUUGAUGCUUACAAGCCGGACUACAUAGCCCCUGUUGUAGGUUUCUUAACGAGCGAGGAUAACACCGACACCACCGGUCGGCUGUUCGAAAUUUCUGGUGGCUGGGCAGCAGAGACACGUUGGCAACGAACGGGCGGCCAUGGCUUCCCGAUAAACGUGGAGUUGACUCCUGAAGAAGUCAUAGCGAAGUGGGAAUCCUUUACGACAUUUGAUGAUGGCAGGGCUACGUUCCCGGCGACAUCGGCUGAGAGCUUGCAGCAGAUCAUCGACAACUUUGAGAAUAAGGCGGGAUCGGUAGUUGAGGGUGCCGUAGAAGCGGUUAAAGAAGCUGGGAGAGCACUUAAAGCGAAGUUCUAUAUGACUUGCGGAAGCCUAGUGGAGAGUGUCAAUGGUCAUUCGAUUCUUAAUCAAAGUCUAUCCGAGCGCCGAGCAUGUGAUUUCACAGAGCUCGGUUAUAUCGACAGCAGGGCAGUCUGUCUUCGCUACCCGGAGGAUUCACGGCUGGUCGCCGAAGCAAAGAAGGAGGUGCCUCCAGACGAGGAAUUCGAAUACACUGAACGCGACGUCAUCCUGUACAAUCUCGGUAUAGGAGCGACGGAACGAGACCUCCAGUGGUCGUAUGAGGGCCACAGUGACUUUGUAGCACUCCCAACGUUUGGCGUGGUUCCACAGUUUCCCGCAAGCUCAAGUAUUUCGUUUGGAUGGCUUCCAAACUUUAACCCUGCGAAGCUCCUCCAUGGAGAGCAGUACUUGGCUAUCAAGGGACCUAUACCUACUUCGGGAACGCUCAUAAACGAAACAAGGCUUCUGGAAGUUUUAGACAAAGGGAAGGCUGCAUCAAUCACUAGCAUUGUUCAUACCAAGGACAAAGACACUGGAAGACUUCUCUUCGAGAACCAGGUGACCGUCUUUAUCCGAGGUGCUGGAGGGUUCGGUGGCAAACGCGUGGGGUCAGAUAGAGGUCCUGCCACGGCUGCAAAUGUGCCACCUACCCGCAAGCCGGAUGCUGUGGUGGAAGAAAAGACGCUACCUAACCAAGCUGCACUCUAUCGGUUAAGUGGCGAUUACAACCCUUUGCACAUAGAUCCCGAUUUUGCUGCCGUUGGCGGCUUUGAUAAACCCAUCCUUCAUGGACUAUGCUUCAUGGGAUUUGCUGGAAAACACGUGCUGCACACGUUCGGAGCAUUCAAUGACAUCAAAGUACGCUUUGCAGGAGUGGUCUUUCCGGGUGAAACCCUCGUCACUGAAAUGUGGAAAGAAGGUUCCAAAGUCAUCUUCACAACUAAGGUGAAGGAACGAGGAACUAUCGUCCUUGCAACAGCAGCAGCGACACUUGUCAAUGGAGAUGCCAAGGCCAGACUAUAA